AUGGACAUGGUGCAGAGUCUUCCAGAAUGGACGUGUCAGCGCCAACUAGCAGACGACACCGAUGUACCGACACUGCGCAAGUUUUUGAACGACUGGGUAGCCACACGAACAACGCCCGACAACAAGAAAGUAGACAUGCAGCCAUAUCUCAAUGCGCCUAAUCGGAUCACAUGGCCAGAUCUACCAACUCCGCCGGAUUACAGUGUGCCUUUUCAGAUGGGCGAGACCGCGGAUGGAAAGCCGUGGAUGGUAACGGGUCCGCGGCUCAGACGUGAAGCAUUGCGGUUGGGGCAGUACUGCUUUCGCUGGGAGAGACCGCCACAGAGCAGAUUGCUGAAAAAGGCUACGGGGGGUUCUGUAUAA